AUGUCUAAGCCAUACGACCAAGGCGCACCACCCGCCUAUCCCCCACCAGCGCACCAAGAUGCUGGCCCAGCCCCCGGCGGCAUGCAGCCCUCAUACUACAACCAAGGCGGUGCCCAACCCGACUACUACGGCGGUAGCCCGAACCCCUACCAACAAGGCCAGCCUGGCCCCUACGGACCGCCACAGGGCCAGUACGGACCUCCUCAAGGACAAUAUGGACCUCCCCAAGGAGGAUACAACGGCCAGCAGAUGCAGUACCAGCAGGGUCCACCGCCCCCAGGCGGCUACUACCAGGACGACAGGAGGGCUGAUGGCGGUGGUGGCGGUCUAUUUGCGGGAUUGUGCGCUGGUUUGGCGUGCUGUUGCUGCUUGGACUGCUUGUUCUAG